UGCUUGGAGUGACUUGUUCUCUAGAGUUCAUCUUCUCUUCUUCUUUCUUUCUUUUAACAGAUGGCGUCCAAGACUCUUCUAGUUGCCUUCUUCCUAGUUUCACUCUCUCUUCUUGCCUUGUCACCCUCUGUUUCGAGCGAGCGAGACCAUCACAAAGAAUGCAAGCAGCGAUGCCGCCGAGAUUACCCUCACGACGAGCGAGAACGCUGGAUGUGCGAGCGCCGCUGCCAGGAAGCCGGCCAGGAGGAGGAUUCGCGGGCGGAGAUCUGGCUUCCAGAGCGUGACCCACGGAAGGAGUGCGAGCACCAGUGCGAACGUCAAGGCGCCGGCCGGAGCGAAAAGUGGAGAGAGGCAUGCCGCCGUCGGUGCGAGGAGGAAGCCGCCGGAGGCAGCAGCAGACCCAACCCGGAGAGAGAAUGCAGGGAGAGGUGCCGCAGGGAAGGCGCCGGCCGGAGCGAGAGAUGGCAAGAGCGGUGCCGGCGCCGCUGCGAGGAGGAAGCCGCGGGUGGCGGAGCGGACCCUAUCUGGCGGAACCCGCACAGAGAAUGCUGGGAGCGAUGCCGGCGUGAAUGUCACGACGAGAAGGAGCUUCGCCGCUGCGAGCGCAUGUGCGAGGAGGAGGCGGAGAGGGAGCGACGCGGCUUAGAGUUGGGGAACACGAAGGACCCGAAGCGGGAGUGCGAGCGGAUCUGCGGCCGGGACGAGCAGUGCCGGAGAGAGUGCGAGCGCGAGCACAGCCGCGAGAAGCACGAAGACCCUAUCUGGCAAGAAGGAGAAGGCGAGGGGAAGAAGGAGAAGCGGGAGAAUCCUUACAUAUGGACCAAGGGGGAGUUCCAAACCAAGUACAAGUCCGAGGCCGGAUCCUGUGAGACGCUUCCAAAUUUCGCAGAGAAAUCUAAUAUUCUCAAGGGGCUGGAGAACUACAGGGUGGAGAAGUUUGUUGCCAAUCCUAGCACCGUGGUGGUUCCACACUACAAAGAUGCUGACUCCAUCAUUUACGUUUGCAAUGGAAGAGGGAUCAUAGGGGCAUUAGACGAGGAGAAGCAAGAGACAUUUGAAGUGAGCGAAGGGGACGUGAUGGUGGUGCCAGCGGGGACGACGUGCUUUGUCGCGAACACGGACGAGAGGGAGCAGCUCUGCAUGAUCAACUUAUUACACACUGUAUCCAUUCCCGGCAAAGUCGAGGCUUUCUUUGGUAUUGGAGCGGAAGAUCAAGAGUCAUUCUUCCAGAGCUUUAGCUCCGAGAUACUGGAGGCCGCUUUCAAUACGCGGACAGACCAUUUGAAAAGGUUGUUCAGCGGCCGAAGACAAGUGAUGGUGAAGGCAUCGAAAGAGCAAAUCCGGGAACUCUCACGCAGCACGUCGGAUAUCUGGCCCGUCGCUAAUGACCGCGAGAACUGUCACAGGCCAUACAAUGUGCUCAAGAAGAAGCCGUGGUUCGCCAACAGGCGCGGCCGGAUAUACCGAGUCGACCCCAACGAGUACGCCCCGCUGCAUCGCCACGACAUCGCCGUCAACGUCUUCAACAUAUCCGGUGGAUCGAUGAUAGUUCCGGGCAUCAAUUCGAGGGCGAUCACUAUCGCCUUCGUCCUAAAGGGAUCAGGAUACAUCGAGAUGGCGUGCCCCCACCUCUCGUCGCAGCAGAAAGGCGAGCAGGAGAGGCAGGGGGCGAGGUACCAUAAGGUGAGCGCAGAGCUGAGACCCUCGACGGUCUCCAUCGAACCGGCAGGUCAUCCUUCCGCAGUCGUGGCCAACGAAGAUCUCCAUGUCGUGUGCUUCGACAUCAAUGUUCGCGGCAACCACAAGUACGCGCUUGCAGGCAAGAACAAUAUCUACAGUCACCUGAAGGGCGUGGCGGGUGAGUUGGCGUUUGGCACUCCUACCAAGGAGUGUGAACGAGUGCUGGGGGCUCAACAAGAAGAAAUCCUGGUAGCAGGACCCAAGGAGAGGCGCGAAGGAGGGGGAAGGAGCAGAGGCUAUGAAGUUGCUUAGAGAAAGAGAGAAUGGAAAGUAGAGAGCGGAGAAAGGCUCUCUUGUAAAAACAGUAUGAGAAGAGCACUAAUGUAAAAAGCGCGUAAAUAAAAGCUGCCAUGAGAUUUCCUUUUUUCUCGUGGCAUUUUCUCUGCCUAUUUUGCCUUGGCGUUCAAGUUUCGUAAUCGAUAUCAUCUUAAUUUGGGCUGUAGAGUUU